CGUAAUCACUUCCGGCCUACUACUUUCGUUGCUCCGCGGCCGUCAUUUCUGCUAUUCACCCGGUUGCUUAUUUCGAUUACAUUCGCCGGUUUUUUUUCCCUAUCGAACCGUGCUGCUGGUACCUAUUAGCGCUUGAGACGAUUCGUCGAAGAUCAAAAGCCCUUCCAGCAACUGUGUCGCGCAAGUUGGGGACCCGAAAAAUCCCGGCGAGCCGCAGUGCAGGAUGGCGGAAUACCGAAGCAAGGCGCGCUCGAAGAAGGAAAAAACGGGCGAGACGAUCGUGUACAGCGAGGCCGCCAUGCGGCACAACGGAGCCGUGCUCGAGUACUGCCGGACGUCCCUCGCCGCGUUGUCCGGUUGCACUGCCGGAAUCCUGGGUCUGACGGGCCUCUGGGGUUUCCUCUUCUACUUCGCCACCGCGCUGGCGCUGUGGCUCAUGCUUGUGCUACGCACCAUGAACACCUGGCACCGUUUCCUGCGUAGCCGUACUACCUUUCUCACGACGGGACUGUUCGGUGGCCUCUUCACCUACGUUCUCUUUUGGACCUUCUUCUACGGCAUCGUUCACGUCUACUAAACUAGUCCGGGUGGCCUCUUCGGGAAUGGGAAGCGUUGCCUAUUACAAAACGUCGCGUAGAUCUGCAUCCGGCGUGAUUGUUCGUUCGUAUGCUUGGUGAUACAGGCUGAACCUCCGGUUCACUACGAGACGCUGAGGGAAAGCAUAAUCUAAAAGAUGUUGGCACGAGUUUGACCAUAUGUUGACCGCACGUCUACCAGUAGGCGGCCAACUACACUGUGUGGUCCCGUCUAAACGACCAAUUGUUGAUUUCGCGCGACCUGCAGUUUUUCCCCGAAGAGGACAUUAAAAGAUGGAGCGACGCCAACGUUCAUUCGAAGCCUGAUGUCAAAAUAACGGCUAUCAUUUAUCUUCGCAAAAGUCUGUUUAUGUUUGUUGCACCUUUAUCGACAUGUUAGUGUUUGCAGUACCACACGUGUGCGCUUUACAGACUCGUUUGUUCUUGGUGUUGCUUUGCUGGUGUUUGUUUAUACAGGUCUGGUGGAUUUCAUUAAACAUGUUUUGGCUUGUA